UCGCGUGCGAGUCGCCCGGUGGAUGUCUCGUAUCAAACUUUUCACGGGAUUUCGGGAAAAUAUUACGCACUCUCUAAGUUGACCGCCCCCUUAAUCACUUUUUUGCGUGUGUUCUAUGCAAUCUAAAAGAAAAUUUAACGCAUGUUUAUAGUUCAGCUUGUUUUAUUACGAAUUUUGUCAUUUUCGAAAAUAGCCUGGCUGUAAUAUGUCAAAACUAGUUUAUAUCCAAUUAUGGUGACAUGUUGUCGAAUAAUUUGAUCAUGAUUGUAAUUUACACUCAAAUUGGUUUGGCGCCCACCGUGGGACUGAAGUUGGAUCUAUAAUAAUUAUUUUAAAACAAUAUAGUUUGUCAUAUAAAUAUUACAGUAAUUAUGAUGUUAUUGUAUAGACUGUGUUUAUGGAAAAGUGGGAGAAUGUUACUGGCACUGUUCCUUUUGGAUUGGCUGUUUGCUGCCUCUACGGUGGCUACCACUCAUGAGCCAGGUUUCAGUGCGCCGAUAGCGAAUGUGACGGCCCCACUAGGUCGGGAGGCGAUACUCGCGUGCACCGUACACAACCUCUCCACCUACAAGGUCGCGUGGUUGAGGGUAGACACGCAGACUAUUCUCACAAUCCACACGCACGUGAUAUCAAGGAGUCGAAGAGUGGGGGUGACUCACAGCGACCACCGGACCUGGUUCCUGCACAUUCGGGAGCUGCGGGAGACGGACAGAGGAUGGUACAUGUGCCAGAUAAACACAGACCCCAUGAAGUCACAACUUGGAUACCUAGAUAUCGUGGUCCCACCUGACAUUCUCGAUCGAGGCACGAGCACAGACCAGACAGUACGGGAAGGCGCCUCGAUAAAUUUAACAUGUGCUGCUACGGGAUCACCGCAUCCACAAAUUACUUGGCGAAGAGAACAUUCCAAACCUAUUACCAUCUCAGACGGAAUGCAAGUAACGUCUUUCGAAGGCCCAGAGCUAAAUAUAACCAGAGUGACCAGACAACACGCAGGGGCUUACCUAUGCAUCGCUUCGAAUGGAGUACCACCCACAGUCAGCAAAAGGAUAAUGCUUACAGUACAAUUUCCCCCAGUAAUAACAAUAAGGAAUCAGUUGGUUGGAGCAGCACUAGGCACCGAGCUUGUGCUGGAAUGCGAGACAGAAGCGUAUCCUAAACCCGUCAGCUAUUGGAGCAGAGAUAACGGCGAGAUCGUCCCUGUUGGGGGAGGUUUGGAGCCCCACAAGAUAGAUGGAUCAUAUCGAUCAGUGCUGAAGCUCGCGAUACGAAGAGUUACUAGUUCCGAUUAUGGGACCUACAAAUGUGUCUCAAAAAAUUCCCUCGGAGACACCGAGGGCACUAUUAAAUUGUAUCCUAUGCCUCUUCCACCGAUGGAAAACAAAAAUGUUGUCCAAAGGUUAAACAUCGUAGCUGAUAAAUCAUCUGAAAGCACGCCCUUCGGCACCCAAGAUUUCAGGUUACAAGAUUACAACAGAGCCUCAAAGUAUCAGUGUUGCCAUUUUUUGUUUUUAUUAAUAUUUUUUAUUCUGAUAACAUUGUCCCGGGGUUGAUGUUCCUUAAGUUUAGCUAGUAAGUAAACAAAUAUAUUAUGUAAUGUCUCUUGUAAGAAUAAUUAUUUUUUGUGAAUGAUUCUGGAAAGUUCCGUCUUAAGAUAUUUUACAUGGUUUUCUUAUUAAAUACUUUGUUAUAGCUUGAUAUGAUGUUUCAGUUUUCAUUCUUGGAAAAGGUAUAGAUAGAAUUAUGAUACAUGUGCCCGUAGCCAAGGAGGUUCAAAAAAAGGCGGACACAGUCUCUUGAACCAACGACUGUGGCACCUGACUACUAUAUAGUUACAUACAGAACAUAAACACCAUUGAUACGAAGGACAUCUUCAUUGUAACGUGGUAACCGUUAACACAAGACCACAUAAAAAUGCACUGAGAUGGUACUUCAAUCAUUCUUAAAUGACAUUAUGCCUGCUUUUUUCUCAACGUCCUUCCCUAGUAGCCAGAAUAAUAAAUAUUAAAAUUAUACUACGAAAGCAUUGUAACUUAUUAUACCUGCUAUUUAUUUAGAACAGUUAGUUCUUAUAGUCUUAUUAGAACAGUUCACACAAAUAAUAAUAUUAUAAUAUAACUUUGAUUUAGCUAAAUUAAUAUUAUUUUGUGAAAAU